CAACUCUAUGACAAUGAGACGAGAGCAACGAAGCUAGAGAGAAUUAUCGCGUUUCCUCAGUCUCCGUCAGUGCGUAUGCUUGGUUGGAAGAGUUGUAUCAUUGUAUAAUUUCUAUUCCCGUUAGCAUAUUCUCCACGCGCUCCCGGUAGGUCACUGUCACUGGACGGUUAGUUCGUUUCCUUAUCUCGCUGCUCCAUUAAUAGUUGCUCUGCUUUCGUUCUAUAUGAAGUCCAUGUAUUACCUAUCCUGAUCUCACAACUGGUAUUUGAGAUAUUAGUCAUGGAUAACGAGGUGUUAGAAUUUGAUAUUGGGCUGGGUGGAGGCGAGGGAGAAUAUGAAGAUGAUGGAGGGGACAUUGAGCACCCUAUCGACGAGGAGGAAUUGGCCGAUAGCAGUGGUGGCUGCGGCGGCGGCGGCGGCGGUGGUGUAGCUACCACUGGUGGUGGCGGUGAAAUAUAUUUUCCUGAUGGGGACCUCUUAGAUCUUGAACCUUACGAGGGCAUGGAAUUCGAGUCUGAGGAGGCUGCCAAGGCCUUCUAUAAUUCCUAUGCUCGUCGUGUUGGGUUUAGUACUCGUGUGAGCUCAUCCCGUCGUUCGAGGCGCGAUGGUGCUAUUAUACAGAGGCAGUUUGUUUGCGCAAAGGAGGGGUUCCGCAACUUGAAUGAGAAACGCACCAAGGAUAGAGAGAUCAAGCGCCCACGAACCAUUACCAGAGUGGGAUGUAAAGCGUCUUUGUCUGUCAAAAUGCAAGAUUCUGGCAAGUGGGUCGUGUCUGGAUUUGUUAGAGAACAUAAUCAUGAACUGGUUCCACCAGACCAGGUGCAUUGCCUUCGCUCUCACAGGCAAAUAUCAGGAGCUGCUAAGAUGCUGAUUGAUACUUUACAGGCAGCCGGGAUGGGUCCUCGUAGAAUUAUGUCAGCACUGAUUAAAGAGUAUGGUGGGAUUAGCAAAGUCGGGUUUACAGAGGUGGACUGUAGGAAUUACAUGAGGAACAAUAGACAGAGAAGUUUAGAAGGGGACAUUCAACUUGUUCUGGAUUAUUUGAGACAAAUGCAUGCUGAAAACCCUAAUUUCUUCUAUGCUGUGCAAGGGGAUGAGGAUCAGUCCAUAAACAAUGUUUUCUGGGCUGAUCCCAAAGCAAGGAUGAAUUAUACAUUUUUUGGUGACACUGUAACUUUUGACACUACAUACCGAUCUAACAGGUAUCGGUUACCAUUCGCUCCCUUUACUGGUGUAAACCAUCAUGGGCAACCUGUUCUCUUUGGUUGUGCUUUCCUAAUUAAUGAGUCUGAAGCAUCAUUUGUGUGGCUUUUCAAGACAUGGCUUACGGCAAUGUCUGGACGCCCACCAGUGUCGAUAACAACUGAUCAUGAUUCUGUAAUUCGAUCAGCUAUAAUACAAGUCUUCCCUGAGACCCGCCACCGCUUCUGCAAGUGGCACAUCUUUAAAAAAUGCCAGGAGAAGUUAUCUCAUAUUUUCCUCAAAUAUCCAAAUUUUGAAGCUGAAUUUCACAAAUGUGUUAACUUGACUGAGUCAAUUGAGGAAUUUGAGUCUUGCUGGUCAGCACUUGUAGAAAAAUAUGAUCUCAGGGAUCAUGAAUGGCUUCAAGCAAUAUAUUCUGCUUGUCGGCAGUGGGUACCUGUAUAUUUGCGAGACACAUUCUUUGCAGAAAUGUCCAUCACUCAGCGAAGUGAUAGUAUGAACUCUUACUUUGAUGGGUAUAUAAAUGCCUCAACCAAUUUAAAUCAGUUUUUUAAGCUUUAUGAGAAAGCACUUGAAAGCCGCAAUGAGAAAGAAGUGAGAGCAGAUUAUGACACAAUGAAUACUUUGCCAGUAUUGAGGACCCCAUCUCCAAUGGAGAAGCAAGCAUCUGAACUUUACACAAGAAAAAUUUUUGUGAGGUUCCAGGAGGAGUUAGUUGGAACACUAACAUUCAUGGCAUCCAAAGCUGAUGAUGAUGGGGAGGUCAUUACAUAUCAUGUAGCUAAAUUUGGAGAGGAGCAUAAAGGAUACUGUGUUAAAUUCAAUGUUUUAGAGAUGAAAGCAAGUUGUAGUUGCCAAAUGUUUGAGUUUUCAGGCCUUCUUUGCAGACAUGUUUUGGCAGUCUUUAGAGUUACCAACGUGCUUACCCUCCCAUCUCAUUAUAUAUUGAAACGUUGGACAAGAAAUGCCAAGAGCAAUGUAAUAUUAGAAGAACAUUCUUGUGAUGUAUAUACUUACUAUUUGGAAUCUCAUACUGUUAGAUAUAACACCCUCCGACAUGAGGCCUUUAAAUUUGUUGAUGAAGGUGCACAGUCCUCUGAAACUUAUGAUACUGCAAUGGAUGCUUUACAAGAAGCAGCAAAAAGAGUUGCUCAGGCAGUGCAAAAUGAGGGAAGAAUUCCAAUCAGCAAUGGAAAGGUAAGGAGUCACUUACUGAAUGAUGAAAGUCAAGCUAAUUACACAAGUGGAUGCCAGGAAGAAAGCUUGAGCCAGCAUAUGCCUAAGGGUAGAAAGGAAUAAAGCAAUGAGCUAGAGGGAGAGAAUGAAACGGUACAAACAAAUGUGUGAAAUUACAAGUAUUCUCUGAGAAAAAUCUUUUGAUGACUACUUACCCCCAGGGGAACGGAAGUCAUACUCUGGAACUUUAAAGGCUGGUUCAGAGCCAAGGCCAAUUUCAGAAACAACAGAAGAUAUGACAGCACUAAGUAUCACCAUGGAAGUAGUAUUUGUAAGUGGUAAAGACGCAUGUGAAGGCGAUGGCCACAAGACAGACUCAACAGCGAAAAAACAACCAGCAACAGCAGCAUUGAAACCUGAUAAGAACUAUUAAUUAGAGAAGAGAAUAAUCACAUCAAAGUAAUGAAUUUGGUAAAAGUAAAUGUAGAUACCGGCAGCGAGGCCAGCAGCAGAUCCAGCGGCCAGAAGGGAAAGCAUUCUGCCAGAACUUUUGGCAUUGUCAAAGAAAGGACCGAUCCCUUUGGCAACGGAAGUACCAAUGUCGACGCUGGGACCCUCGGGACCCAAGGAAUUGCCGGUACCUAAAGUAACAGAAGCUGCCAUGGCCUUUAAGAAAGGGCGGGAAGCAGACUUGAGGUACGCAGAUGGAGUUUGGAGGAAGGGGUUUUCUUGGACAGCGGAAUCAAAACGUUGACGAAGUAGAUUCAGCAUAGACACUAUAACACCUCCAAAAGUCGGAACUAGUAUUACUCUUGUCCAGGUUUCCUGAAUAGGCGCUUCUCUCAACCACGAGGCGCCUCGAUAGGGAAUCCCGUCCCAGAACAAAUCACGAAUUUCAUGGACCUUACUCAUAGUGAAGUCAAACUCGAAUGAAUGAUACAGUUGCAGUAAUAUGAAUAUGAAUGACUGAUACAGUAUAAUACGGAAAUAGGAAUACGAACAAAACAUCAGAGAGUCAGUGCAAACUUACCACAUUAUUGAAGAGAACGACAGCCACACCGGUGAGGAGACCAACCAGGCAUGAAGAUAUUAUUCCAGAAUCGCGAAUCCUACUUGUGAGGAGCUUCCAUUCUAGCUCUAGACCUAGUUGUUCCCAAGGAGAUGCUCCUUCAUCCUCAACAUCUCUAUUGUCAGGCACUGAAAACGGGCGUCUGGGCUUAAUUCGGCACUGAUGAUUUUUGUUCGUGAUAGCAGAAGGAGAAGUAGGGAAGAAUGAGCACCACCGUGUUAGCGUUACUGCCUCUUCAGAUUUAGAAGCAAGGAUUCCAUGAUGCUGCCAGCUGCGGUGAACUCCUACUCCCGCUAUGCAUCGUAAGCCAACCAUUUCUUAUUCCGACUUCUUCGCACGCCACCGUAAAUAACAACAACAUUUUUUUCCUGCUUAUUCAAAAAACUUCUUUCAACGUCAAGAUU